UCUAACGCUCCCCACUCUCUCACUUCCUCUCGCUUUCCCACACUUCCUCUCCCUUUCCGGGAAAAUAUGUCCAAGUGCAACAAAAUCCGGCACAUUGUAAGAAUCCAGCAAAUGCUUAAACGGUGGCGGAGGAAGGCAAGAGUGACUGGAGGAGCAACGAGUUCACGCACCGCUGCACCAUCUGAUGUCCCAGCGGGCCACGUGGCAGUCUGUGUUGGAGCCAGCUGCAAGAGGUUUGUUGUACGUGCGACGUACCUUAACCAUCCCAUUUUCAAAAACUUGCUCGUGGAAGCCGAGGAAAUGUACGGUUUCAAAACCGCUGGGCCGUUAGCUAUCCCAUGCGACGAGGCUGUCUUUGAAGAGAUUCUCCGGGUCGUAUCGAGAUCCGACCCCAGCAAAAUGGGUCGUUUUUUCAAUCUUGAGGAUCUUAAGAGAUGCUGCCACGUGGGCAUGAGGAAAAAUAUUAAGCUUUUGGGUGAAUCAAGACCGUUGCUUCAUGGUUAGCGGUUCGGGUUGACUCGGUGAGUCAAUGAGUCAAGUAGACUAACAGUAUCGGUAAUUUUUAAACUAUUAUUUUGAGGGAGGCAGUGUGUGUGUGUUUGUUUUUUUCUUUUUCUUUUUUCAUUUAUUGGAGAUGGCAAGGAAGGGUUGGUUUUUUUAUUAACCGAGUCAUCCCGGGUUAAACAAAAAAUGGGAUGGAGAAUUAUUAUUGUAAUCAUAUUUUUUUUAUAGAAUUAUUAUUAAUAUAAGUGUAAA